UUUUUUUUUUAAAUUACAUCACAGCUUUUUGCGGUUAUACAAUCGCAAAGGCUGAUAUCGCGAUUGCGAUUCGAUUAAUCAUGCAGCACUACUUGAAAUUAUCUCUAAAUAAAUCCCCUUGAAUGAAGACUGUCACCAUAUGCUAUCGUCGACUUGGUUGACUUCCUAAAAUCAUACAUCAUACGAGACCUGCAGCCUGUAAAGUGAAUGCCUAUGCGAACGCGGUUGUAUAUCUGGAUAAUAAGCUUGCGCCACAUCACAGGUAGCAAAACGUAGGCUACGGAUAUAAGCAUCUCUCAUGUAGCCUACAUGCCAAUGUUGCCGUCUGUCUUUUGUUUGCAAAGCUUAGUAGGAUACAAACAGCCUCUUCUUCCCGGUAGCCCUCCUUUAGACUGCCUGCGGAUAUUGACACGUGCAGAGCGUAUCACAGGGGAUACGGUGACAUUUGAUCAUAUGUUGGAUUAAACCGGUGUUGGUUUUGUAUUAUCCAUACAGUCUUUGGUGUGAUCCCCUAUAGCUCCUUUCCUUAGGUCGGGAGUGAAAGUGUGUCGGCCUGACCCAUCCCAAUAAACAGUAAUACCACUGGUUCCUUCUCCUUUGUUAGUGGUGUUUAAUUUAUUUGACGAUCCUUUGCGUCUAUCCUUACAGAACCGCUCAGAGAACCGUGUGGCACCAGGCAUUGAGUUUACGUACCAUUGAGUCUUCUCUUAAAGGAACACAAUCGCAUUUACGUCGGCUCAACCAAUUAAGAACAACCCUUGGAUAACGCUAACUAACUAAGUACCCCUGUAUAAUCAUCACAUAUUAUAAUUAUGAGAAUCAUCCUAUUAAUGUAUAUUUCAAAAUAUAUUUCAAAAUAAAUAGUUGCUCAGUAUCGGAUCGGCCGAUUGCACGUUAAAAAGAUCGGGGUUCGGGAUCGGCCCGAAAAGUCGCGACCGGUGCGUCCCAAUGUUGAAUGAACGGGCGCGCUACCCUCCCUGUGUACUGCUGUUAUUGUUUGUGGCGCAUGUGUACAGUGUCUGUAGAGGUCAGUGCUAGUAGCUAGGAGGUUCCCAGGGUAUGAUUAUGGUUUUUCUCUGGUUAGCCGAGGUGGAGCUAGAAAGCAUUGGGCAAACACAAGAACCAAUAGUUAGGCAGGAUAGAGCUGGCCUACCGGCCAGCUGAGGCCGGCUAAAUGUGGGGUUAUGAAACCUUAAAUGGGGAUGUGGUUGCCUUGCGCUAACUGGAAAGAAUAGCGUCUCUUUCUCCUCUCCGCAUGCCUCCCUCCCCCCUUCUGUGUAGAGAGGGUACUUUUCCCUGCAUUUUAUUGGUCUCGGUUGCAUAAUGGAAAAAGAAGGAAACGCAACUGAUUCAGUGUGAAAUAGAGAGAACUGAAAAUGUUAUAAUGUUGCUUGUAACCCUUUUAUAGACGGAUGUUUGUGUGACGGGGUGAGAGUGCAUUUUUUAACAUCUCACAUCAACCCAAAAGAGGAAGGAAAACGUCAGAUCCAGCCUUCUAUCUCUUCUAUCUCCACUCCUUCUGAAAUGUGUCUCUGUGGGAUCUGAUAUGUUUUGAAUCACCCAACCAGUGUCGGGAUGGAUGUGGUUGAGUGUGUUUCGCAGCGAAAUUAGACGACUCCAUCACUCAAGACAGAGUGUUUCCCUUGUGUGUGUUAGGGGGUUUUCUCAACGCAUGUUGCGUUCCCACCCGGACUUCCUGUGUAUUGUCAACACGAGCGGUCUGCACUUCACCCGGCCUCCAGAUAGCAUCCUGCUAACGUGGUUAGCCUUCAGCGGCUAAUUCAAUAGCCCUGGAAGCUGCCGAGGGGAGAGGGGCAGACGGCCCGGGCCUAAUCCAAUCGGCGCGCUGCAUUGCUGUACAUCCGUCCUUCAUCGGCUGGUGACGGGACACGCGGCCAAACCUCCGGCAGGUUGGCCUCUCCUUUUGUCCACGCUGAAACACCAGCAGACCCCACAGGGUCAUCCACGCCGGGCCUCAUCACCUCCUGAGACUCCCCAGACGCCUCCCAAGAGUCCAGCCCAUCCCGGACCCUCCUACCCUGCUGUAAGCGGGCCUCUCCUCCCAUUCAGCGCGGUCCGCUCUCAGGGAUACAACUCGGGGGAGAAGAAGGAACAGUAGCUGGCCAACAAGGAACCACCGCUGCCUGCCAGCGACAGACAGUGGACAGCAGACAGGGAGAGAGGGAGGAAAGCCCCUGGAAUCAAACGGAGAAAUAGGAGCUGAGCGGUGUGGAGGGGAGAUACAACAGAGCCCUCACUGCAGAGAACAGAAUGGCCGGUUUUUUCUCAGGAGGCCAUGAGCUAGCCGACGUCUAACGUCACCACUUUGAACCGUGGAUCUCUACCUCAAACCGCUCCGCAACAGACCCCCGUCUAAAUCAACGGAUCAGGCAGCGAGGACGGAUCUCUGCGUGGGACAACCUGGUUUAGGGUUUCCUCUACAGGGUUUUGUUGUACUCUGGGCCAGCCGCGGCCGACUGCUAUGUGUGAGACGCAACGGGGGCCAUGCCAGCCAAGGGGAAGUACCUGUUGAAUGACCUGGAGCUCAAACAUGACACGCUGUACCGCAAGUUCUCCUGCAUCAGCCAGUACCAGCCGCUGGCGCUGCUGCUGGGCCUGUCCAUGCUGUCCUGUGCCAUCCUUCUGGUGCUCUUCUUCUCGCUCCAGCUGAGUGCCAACAAGCACAGUGCCUUCGUGGCGGUGGUGAGCCUGAGCCUCGGGGUGUUUGUGGCCGUGUUCUUCCUGGUGUGCACCGACACCCUGACCCAGCGAUGGCGGCGGCUGCUGGGCCUGGCGGUUUGGGCCACCCACCUUGUCAUGGCCUACACCUUCAUCUUCUGCGGGCCGCUCAUCCUGCCCUGGGACCAGGUGCCGUACUUCCUCUUCAUCAUCUUCACGGUCUACACCAUGCUGCCCUUCCAGCUGUGGGACGCCGUGGUACUCAGCGUGCUCACGUCACUCUCGCACAUCCUGGUCCUCACGCUCAACUUCACCGUCUUCGACAGGAAUGCCACCCCGUACCUGGCCCAACAGCUGUUGUCCAACGCGGUGGUGUUCCUGUGCGGCAACGUGGUGGGGGCCUUCCACAAGGUGCUGAUGGAGAAGACCCUGCGGCAGACCUUCCAGGACACCCUGCGCUGUCUCAGUAUGCGCAUGAAGCUGGAGAUCGAGAAGAGACAGCAGGAGAGCCUGCUGCUGUCCGUGCUGCCCGUCUACAUCUCCAUGAAGAUGAAGCUGGCCAUCAUGGAGCGGCUGCAGGAGUGCAAGGACAAGGAGGAGCAGCAGCGGCUGGUGAAGGACAACAACUUCCACAGCCUCUACGUCAAGCGGCACGAGAACGUCAGUAUCCUCUACGCUGACAUCGUCGGCUUCACCCGUCUGGCCAGUGACUGCUCCCCCAAGGAGCUGGUCAUCAUGCUUAACGAGCUCUUCGGAAAGUUCGACCAAAUCGCCAAGGAGAACGAGUGCAUGAGGAUCAAGAUCCUGGGAGACUGCUACUACUGUGUGUCCGGGCUGCCCGUCUCUCUGCCCAAGCACGCCAAGAACUGUGUGAAGAUGGGCCUGGACAUGUGUGAAGCUAUCAAGCUCGUGCGAGAGGUCACCGGCGCGGACAUCAACAUGAGGGUGGGCGUGCACUCGGGGAACGUGCUCUGCGGAGUCAUUGGCUUGCGCAAGUGGCAGUUUGACGUGUGGUCACAUGACGUCACCCUGGCCAAUCACAUGGAGUCUGGCGGACUGCCUGGCCGGGUCCACAUCACAGAGGCCACCCUGAAGCACCUGAACCGGGCCUACGAGGUGGAGGAGGGCAACGGCCACCUGAGGGACGCCUACCUGAAGGAGAUGAACAUCCGCACCCACCUGGUCAUCGACCCCCGGUCCAAGGACCAGUCUCUGAACAACCGCCACGUGCUGAAGCACCGCGUGAACGACGGGCUGAAGAUGAGGGCGUCGGUCCGCAUGACGCGCUACCUGGAGUCCUGGGGCGCCGUCAAGCCCUUCGCCCACCUCCAGAACCGCGACGGCUUCACCGCCGACCCCAUCGGCAACGGCAAGCCCCGCUGCAAGGACAUUCCUUUGCACCCGGCUCCCUCCUCCAAGAACACGGAGAGCUUGGACGACUUUCCAGAGGAGCCCUUCUCCUUGCCAGCCCCCCCCUUCAGCAGUUCGAAGAACAAGUCCCAGAAGAGCAAUUUUGACGAGGCUCUGCACGACGAGAUGAUCACCACCAUCGACGAGCUCAGCAGCAAGCAGUGGUCCAACUCUGAGGAGACCAGCAGCCUGGCUCUGUGGUUUCCCAAGAAAGAGCUGGAGAAGCAGUACCGAGCCUUGGACCUGCCCAUGUUCAAGCACUACAUUGGAUGUGCCGCCUUCAUCUUCUUCUGCAUCUUCGUCGUUCAGAUGUUCGUACCAAGCAACUCCAAGUGGCUGGGGAUGUCUAUUGGAAUCCUGGCCUGUUUCUUACUCUUGAUUCUGGCCAUCUGCUUCGCAAGUCAUCUACAGCGUCUUCUCCCGGAGAAGCUGUCCAGCUGCCAGUGGCUGCCAGCCCUGUCGCAGGCCGUGGUGAAGCGGCCAAUCGUGCGCCUGCCCCUGGCCACCCUGGCCACGACCGUCAUCGUUCUCCUGGCGGUGUUAAACCUGUGCUUAAUCUCCACGAACCCCGCGGAGUGCAAGACUGCCGGUACGAACGAGUCCAGGCAGCAGGAAUGCCAGGAGCAGGGCCUCUUCUACCUGCCGUACUCUGUGUUCUGCUGCAUCCUGUCCCUGAUCGCGUGCGGCGUCUUCCUGAGGGUGAGCUUCGAGCUCAAGGUGCUCUUCCUCACGCUGACCUCCACCGCGUACUACAUCAUCAUCCUCAGCUUCCAGCAGAGCCUCUUUACGGCCUACGGGAACGUCCUCUACCUCAAUGCCACCAGUGGCAACUCGCUGAACUGCAGCAGCAUCACCGACGCCGCUCGACUGGAGGAGCUGGGGUUGGUGAAGCACCCCCAGGUGAUGAGCUGCAUCUACAUCACCCUGUUCCUGGUCACCAUGCUCAUCAUCUCCCAGCAGAACGAGUCGUGCUUCCGGCAGGACUUCCUGCUGAAGAACAAGAACCGCACGGAGCAGGAGGAGAUCGAAACCCGGGAGAACCUCAACCGCCUGCUGCUGGAGAACGUUCUGCCGGCGCACGUGGCCGCCCUGUUCGUCGGGGAGAACAAGAAGAACGAGGAUCUGUACUACAAGUCAUACGACUGCGUGUGCGUGCUGUUCGCCUCGGUGCCGGACUUCAAGGAGUUCUACACGGAGUGCGACAUCAACAAGGAGGGCCUGGAGUGCCUGCGGCUGCUCAACGAGAUCAUCGCCGACUUCGACGAGCUGCUGUCAAAGCCCAAGUUCAGCGGAGUGGAGAAGAUUAAGACCAUUGGCAGCACCUACAUGGCCGCCGCAGGCCUCAGCGGCACCCCGGGCCAGGAGAACAACCAGGACCGCGAGAGACAGCGGGCGCAGAUCGGCAACAUGGUGGAGUUCGCCAUCGCCCUCAUCGGCAAGCUGGACGGCAUCAACCGCCACUCCUUCAACAGCUUCCGGCUGCGCGUGGGUAUUAACCACGGGCCGGUGAUCGCCGGCGUGAUUGGAGCCAGGAAGCCUCAGUACGAUAUCUGGGGCAACACGGUGAACGUGGCCAGCCGGAUGGAAAGCACCGGAGAGCUGGGCAAGAUCCAGGUGACGGAGGAGACGUCGGCCAUGCUGCAGAAGCUGGGCUACUCGUGCGAGUGUCGCGGUCUUAUCAAUGUCAAGGGGAAGGGAGAGCUCAAGACCUACUUCGUGUGCACCGACAUGUGCAAGCAGCAGGGCGUGGGUCUGAGCUGAGACCCCCACACCCCCCACACACCCUCCGCCUCCCCCUCCCCCCCCCCCCCCCAAUACCAAGGACUUACCCGUGUGACCGGAAGUACAGGCGGCGCCCAGCUGAUCAGAAUGGUGUUAGAGGGGAGACUGUGGCUUGCUUCAACGGAGGGACUGGAUGGACGGUCCCCGGAGCAUGUCGGCGUUGAGCGGGGCUCAGCGGCACUGGGUCAAAGGUCAGGGGUCACUGGGGACUUGGGGGUGUUGAAGGUGUUCACUCCGGAGAGCUGUACAUAGCGCUCUGCCGUCUUUUUGCAGUCCAUUCGUGUACCGUCACAUCUUUCUCCCCCUCCUCCCCCACCCGUUUACUCGAGGUGGCCUCUGGGAACGGCCGGUCUGGGAACGCACACGAGACUGGAUGGGACAGAUGGGAAUGUUGGAGCACCGACAGCCCCGCGAGGGGGCCGUACGCAAGGAUCCUUAUAGGAUUGUAUGUUCUGGGAGACGUCCUUUUUCCUGGUUUGGCUUCCUGGAGGAAGGUGGACUCUGCUCUGUUACUGUGUAAUGGUCACCACGUGUGUGCCCUGGUCUAUUAUGGUCUGUAAGAUACUGUACAUAAGCGACGCCGCAAAUCAGAAACAAAAAAGGGAAAGGUUCAAGUUUAAGGUGAAUAAAAUAUCAAUAGUUUCAUGUUAAAAAAAAGUGUUAUUGUGAAAUAACCAUGAAAUUCUCUUUCCUUCUCAUCAUAAUUCCAGCCGUGUGGGGUUAACGGAUGAUUCACAUCUUCCCCACUUCCCUGCUUAGACACAGGAUCUUUAUAACCAGCUCUGCAUUACGAGGUGCCGAGGUGCAUGUGGGUCACCUGCUUGCCGCUAUACAGAUACGCCAACACAAGACAUCAUUCAAGCACCGCUUUGCCUCUCUGUGCACGAGCUGCAUCCUGGGACUGGGACAUGCUCACCACCAGGUCUGCUGUGACGCCUCUGCUCGCUCUGUGCCUCUGAAAACCUGCCUUAGCGUUGGACCGCUAUCCGUCUGUUGUCGUGAUUACUGCGAUGGUGUUGAUUGUUAACUGGACUUCAUUUUGUACAGCUGCACAAGGUAUUAAAUGGUUUUGUAAGUCUGA